GUGUGUGUGUGUGUGUGUGACUUCCCUGAUACCAUCUUUUUUUUUUCUUUUUUCUUUUUUUUGACGUGAAUAAAAAUGUUGUCUCUAUUAGCUACAGUUCUGUGGUCUCCUCUUGGUUCUCUGUGGGCUGGUCUCAGUCCCCCUCCAUAACAGGCCAUGGAAAUUCUGACACGAGACGCCAGCACCCCAUAUAAGCACCUGUCCUUCCGCGUCACGCCAAGUUCCCAAUAUGAAAAGCGUGUGAUUGUUUUCCGAAUGACACUGCUGGGACUAUAUAGCCUCUGUGGAGGUUCUUUUCUUCAUUCAAUUGCAAGCAAGAUAGUAAGACAGUGCACAUUGGGAUCUUCAACCUAGACGCCACAGGAUAGUGGGAAUUUAUUGCUUUUCUCCCAAUAUAACAUGGAGGUAGCACCCUCUGUCCAGAAAGCUGGUAGCCACGCAGCAUCACUGCUGGCACGUUUGAAUCUUCAAAGACAACAAGCUCAGUUCUGUGACUGUGUGGUCAAACACAGACAGAACCCAGGUCAACUGUACUCUGCACACAGGUGUGUUCUGGCAGCUUCAAGUCCAGUGUUGGCGUCUGUCUUGUCCUCUACUGGUGCCUUGAUGGAACUGCAGGCUCCAUGUCUGUCUGGCACUGUACUGGCACUUGUUUUGGACUACAUUUAUACAGGGGCUUUGCCUCGUAGCCAGCAACAGUAUUACAGACUGCUCUCUGCUGCCUCCUACCUGCAGAUGGAUGAACUGCAUGAGUCUCUGCGAACUGAGGUGAAUGAGAAUCAGUCAUGUAAAUACAUUAACACGAUGCUUAGUCAACCUGUGAACACUUUUAGUAAGUAUCUGCCAUCACUAGACACUGGUGUAAAUUCACUGGAUAGAGAGGAUUAUUAUUGUGAUGAAACAGAUGCACAAAGUUGUGCAAACCACUGUGGUAGAAAAGAUGCAAGCCAUUUCAGCAUUGUAAACACAAGCUGUAGUGUCCCUGAAAGCACUAGAAGUGAUGUAAAUACACUUAACUGCAGACAAGUAAUUUAUCUGACACCGCAGGAUAUGAUUCAAAAUAUCCCUUGCACUGCUGAAGUGCACAGGGUGUCAAGAGUGGACAAAGAGGUGCAAAAGGAUCAGUUUCAUUCAUCUGGCAUUGUAAAAUAUGAGAGCUGCCAGAUGAGCACAAAGGAGGAGCUAGUAGGAACAGCUGAGAAAAUAAACGCAAACAAGGAAGGCAAGAUCCAUCACUCUUCCCCACUCUGCCUCUUGACCUCCCAUCUUAAGGACAAUGUUUCUCUCUCACAGUGUUCAUCCUCAUCACCGCAGCCAUGCUAUGAGGCAGUACCUGUUAUACGUCACAGCAGUACAGCCGCUUUGGCAGAAGUGUCUACAGUGCCUUCUUACCAUCCAGUGUCCCAGGCCUCAGUCACCUCUAGCAGGACUUCUGACUCACCACCAGGAAGCACAGACAAAGACAGAAUUACUGAAGGUAUUACUACUAAACACAAAAAUCAUUAUGCGCCACAGAAUGAGGAUUACAGAAACAAUAAAGACCACACUGAAACGCAGAGUUUGGAUUACAAGGAUAGUUCAAUGCGCACAUAUCAAUGUGCAAUACAGGAUUUAUAUCACAAAUCCAGUGCAGAUCAAUCUGGCACCCUAAAACAAGAUUACAACAGCAACAAUACAGAACAUGAUGAACAUAUGGACAAUGGAUUAUCACACAAUGCAGAUGAUAAUGAUCACCAUGCUCAUUGUGAUUCAUUUCAGAAUAAGAUUAACACAAAACAUCUUAUGGAGGAAUCAGUGCCACAGUAUAAGGAUGCCAGCGGUUUCACCAGAGGAUUAAAGAAUAAAACUGAUUUCAUUUUUGAUGAUUUGCCUCCCAAAGAUGAGCGCCUGGAUUGCUCUGAUUGCAGCAAUGUCUCAAUAGCAACUGUAGCAGGUCAGAGAGCGGUAGUUCCACUUCCUCUACAGGAAACAGGAAGUGACUCUCACUAUGAAGAUCUGUGUCUCGAGAAAGAAGCGAAAGAGGAACCUAGUUACUCAAGCAGAUGUCCAGCUGAAAUGGAUAAACAGGACAGCCACUGUAACCUCUAUGGACCUAACAUUGAAUCAUACCCAAUCUUGCAUGGAGCUGAGAUGACUGCAAAAGAUGCUGUCUCUAGCCAGCAUGAACAAUUGAAUAAUUCUACUGGGCGCACAUCUCUGGAACAUGAAAAUAUCUCGGGCACUGAGUUCUCAAAACAACACCUAACCUUUCCGGUGCCUAUGGACAUAUCUGACCCUUCGUAUAAUGUUGUGGGGCAGUCAUACCGUGGCCUUCUGAACUAUCACUGCCUACCCCAAGAGGACACACACUUAUCACACGGGGAUUAUGAUCACAAACAUUAUUCCCACCUCGAUUAUUCAGACCAGUCCAGUGGUGAGGAAGUAGUUGGUACCUUUGCCAGUUCGGGUCUCAGUGCUCUGAGGCAGCACUUUGCUGCUACAGACCAGGUUGUACUGCUGGACAUUAGUACUAAACCUGCAGAGUUGCUUGUAUCCUACAGACACAGAACUGAUGAAGGAGAGAAAUGGGUUACAUUCAGUCAGAAGGACAGAUUUGGAAAUAGGUUUGGAGAAAAUGAUAGAGAGCAACAACAUGAAGCAACAAGAGUAAACAAGAGUAAAGUUAAUGCCACGACAAAAUUUGGAGCUGAUGAGGUUGAGACUAAACUUUGGGUUGGAGAAACAAAUGUUAAAGAAAGAAGAAUUGUCACUAAAGAGCAAAGCAGGCCAAGAGCUGAGGUUAUACAUAAAGCUGGGCAUGUGGAGGAUGAGGAUCAGACCGCUACCUUGACUUGCUGUUCAUCUCCUAGUGUGCCAGAUUCUGUACAAGCCCGCGUGUCAACUACCUUGUCUGUCAGCAUACCUUCUACCCUUUCAGCCAGCAUGCCAACAAAUAUAUCAGCUCAUCUGUCAACUCCUGUUCACCACCCUUUCCAGUGCUCUCUGUGCGUUCGCUCCUUUAGCCAGCGAGGCUCUCUGAAUAGACAUGUGCGAAGCCAUCUUGGCGUACGGCCCUUCUCCUGCCCUCGCUGCCCUAUGACCUUUUCACGCCAGUACCGUGUCUCAGAGCACAUGCGUGUUCACCAGCGCUGUGUCCUUGGGAGUGACUUUCAAAAAAAACCUGCCUCUUCAGUGUGAGAAAUUGAGCGUAGGCCACAAAAGUGACUGUCCUUUCUCAUUCAAUAUUUUUGGUUUGUUUUCAAAAGCUCAGGAUUAUGAGACAUAAAGUUCUGGCCUCCAGGGGCCAACAAUAGGAGUUAACCCAUAUAGCACUGCAGUGCAAUGAACAUUUGGGAAAAGGAAUAGGUAGAAGAAAGUAGGAAGUUAAGAAAAUAAUUAAAUAGCUCAAUCAUUAUUUCUUUGUUAGCAAUGGAACACUUCUGAAAUGGGUCACUCAUAGUGAUGAAACCACAGAUGAUUAACCCAAUGCUUCUCUCUAUCUACCAAGAUCUACCAAGAUCUACCAAGCCCGAUAUUCUGACUCCAUUCCUUUCAGUGCUCUACAAUGCGUGUGUUCAGCAGGCAUUUCAUUAUUAUUAAUCACACAGUUCUCGUUGGUCUAUAGGCUGCAGUAACGGUUUCUUAGAUUUUGUAAAACAGUUUCCUCAUGUGUUUCCUCAUUCGUCAUGUGUUAUUAAUGUGACUCAUAUUCCCCGUUAAAUCAAAUCAAAUCAAAUCAAAUCAAUUUUUAUUUGUAUAGUCCAGAGUCACAAAGUACAUUUGCCUCUGAGGGCUUUAUAAUCUGUACAGGGAGUGACACCCUCUGUGCUUAGACCCUCAGUUCGAGUGAGGAAAAACUCUUUGUUUUCAUGUGUAAUUAAUGGCACAUUAUGAAUCAUAUGAUAAAAACCUUAUUUAAAAAAAAAUCCAUUCCUUUAUUCAUGCAUGCCAUUGUUUCCCUUGUUCAUGUGAUUCUAUAGUAUAGAAUAUUAAUUACACUUGCUCUUUUUGUAAGAGUGAUAGAUAAACUGAGCUUAAUAUAUUGUUUUGUAUGUCUGAUUCUUAAUGUUUAUAUGAUGGACUUUUGUUUUUGCAGUUUUCAGAUUUUCAUGAAAAUCCUUUUAAAUAAUACAAAUUUUAGUAUGAUGUUUGGUAUUCCCGAAAAAAAAAUACAAAGCUAUUAAUGCUGAACUGACUUCAGUCAUAUGUGUUUGGUUGCUGUGUGAUUUGUGUUAUGACAUUAUGUGCUCUGUUCAGUAUUCUGUAGUAAAAAUGUGACUGUUGAAUGCACCCUGUGUUCUCUGUUAACAAAGAAAUGUAUUAGUGAUGGGUCUCACAUACUGUCCUUGAACAGUAGCUUGGGUGUCAUAGUGUUAGUACUUAAUGGUGUCAAUGCUGAAA